AUGGGUACAGUUUACAAAGCUCAAGAUACAGCAAGUAAGGGCCUGUACAGAGAGGUAGUUGUAAAACUGCUUCAGAAUGGAGCAUCAAAAGAAAGACAAGAGGUAUCCCGUUUCAACCGGGAAGCAAGGAUUGUUGCAUCUUUACAGCAUCCGAAUAUCAUCUCAUAUAUCGAUAUGGGGUCAGAACCGGAUGGAACAUCAUAUAUUGUGAUGGAAGCCAUCAACGGCCCGGACCUGCAGCAAAUCCUAGACAAGCGAGGAUUCAUUUCAGAGGAAGAAACCGUGAACAUAGUCAUCGGAAUUCUACAAGGCCUUGUCUGUACCCAUGCGCAUGGUGUUGUUCAUCGAGAUCUGAAACCUGCCAAUGUCCUCGUCAUCCUUGAAACCCUGCACGUCAAGAUCAUUGAUUUUGGCCUUGCAAGAGAACUGUCCGGCGGAUCUUUGUUGACAGGAGAGAAUGUCGUAGGAACUCCGAUGUAUUUUGCCCCAGAGCAAACUAUUUCGGGUGCUGAGAUCACCACCGUGACUGAUCUGUGGGCUGUUGGCGUUCUGAUCUAUCAUUGCGUCACAGGUUUGUUAAGUUCUUUUCUGGAGCGUCGCUGA